GACUGACAGAGCACAAUACAGCACGAAGAGGAGAGAGAGAGAGAGAGAGAGAGAGAGAGAGAGAGAGAGAGAGAGAGAGAGAGAGAGGUAGAGAGACACUGAGCAACAACGACACCGCCAAGGAGACCACAGAAACACUCUUCACCCCCAACACACACACACACACACACACACACACACACACACACACACAAAUCCCCAACUCUGCAGAGAGAGGAGAGAAAGAAGCAGCGGACAAACAAAGGCAUUCUUGGCUUUCACUUUAAAAGAAGAAGAAAAGUGAACAAUACGUUGUGCGAGAUCAUUUACUUGAGAUACAAAUUCAAGGAGAAAGGCGUGACAGGACGGCGUCAGUCAGCGGCCAGACCCGGGUUUAUCUUCCCGAAUCGUCCCCACAUCCUCAGUGAGGGCUCGUAGCGCAGCGCUGCAUGAAGGAUAAAUCCAUCCGGGAGAAACAGGCAGAAACAGGAUGAGAGCGACUAUGAGGAUCACAUGGCUGCUGCUUUCACUCAGCUUCCUUUUUCACAGCGUUUGUUCAGGUGAUGUAACUACACCAUCUGUAGUAGAUACAUCAACGUCCAAGCCAAAUGUAAUUACUGGUGGUACACCUGGAACAGCUACAACUGCCAGUAAGGAAAAAACUACACAGGCAAAUACAAAACCAACUACUGAGGUCACCACGAUUGCAGUAACUACUAGUCAACCACCAACAACUCUCUCCUCUGCUGGGGUGAAAGAUAUCACACCUGCUGCUGGUACCCCCGGAACAACAAAGGACAUGACCCCACUUAGUGUCAGUUCAGUGACAUCCCCCAGUGCCACCACAACACGGACCAAUAAUAGCUCUGGGCCAAAAGUGGGGACAAACCAACCCAAUGUGGUGACCACCCAAACCAAUACAACCCAACCCAAUGUAGGGACAACCCAACCCAAUACGACCCAACCCAAUGUGGGGACAACUCAACCCAAUACGACCCAACACAAUGUGGGGACAACUCAACCCAAUACAGCCCAACACAAUGUGGGGACAACUCAACCCAAUACAGCCCAACACAAUGUGGGGACAACUCAACCCAAUACAGCCCAACACAAUGUGGGGACAACUCAACCCAAUACAGCCCAACACAGUGUGGGGACAUUUCAACCCAAUACAGGCCAAAACAAUGUGGGGACAACCCAACCCAGUUCCCAUAUACCACAGCAACAGUCUACAGCUCACUCCAUCGUUGCUUCUAAGAUGAGUACUGGAGUUGAAGGUACUAAGCCGAAUGCUGUGACACAUCCGAUGCCAGGUGAGAACACGGUGACCCCCAGCGCCCCCUCUACCCUGACCAAGGCAGGACCAACAGCAACAGAGACCAAAGCCUCAGAUACCAAAGCUGAAACCAGGUCUCCGCAAGCCACCUCCACACUCAAACCAAAGCUCCCUACCUUCACCAUACCCACCACGGCAGCUCCGCAUUACACAUUUUUGUAUUCACUGAACAGCGGCACAGAGAUAAAUACAAAAGAAAAAGAUCUGGUGGAGGUGUGCAGACGACUGAUGGCGAAUAUGCAAGAAGGGAACUGCACCCUGAUAUGGUAUCACCAUAACGGUCAGCAAAAGUUCGAGUAUGUGGCGAUAAAUGGCAAAGUGAAAACCAACCUGGCAACCAUGUAUUACGAAGAUAUCACCAAGAAACCGACAGAUAACAAAACCCUGAUAGCCAUCCUGGCCUCCUGCGGAGCUCUGCUGAUCAUGAUCGUGAUCCUGGCUGUAUGUGCCUCUCACCACCGCAAGCCGUACAAUGAGAACCAGCAACACCUGACGGAAGAGCUGCACACGGUGGAGAACGGUUACCACGACAACCCCACGCUGGAGGUGAUGGAGGUGCAGCCGGAGAUGCAGGAGAAGAAGAUAGCGCUGAACGGGGAGUUUAACGACAGCUGGCUCGUCCCCUUUGACAACCUGCUGAAGGAGGACAUACCAGACGAGGAGGACACUCACCUGUAGAGACCGUGGACAGAGGAGAGGAGGAAGGACGACGGCGACAGGACCUGCCUAGGUCCAAUCGCAUCAAAACAAACAAAAGACUCCACAUUUCUUGCUCAAUGCCAGCCUUGCCCACUCACCUCACACUCCUGACCCUGGGAUUCUUGUCCCUGUUGCCAGAGAAGACCUCCACACAAAGAAAUACAUCCUAUAGAACAAACAAGCUCCCAUAUUAUAUAUGUUGGUGGUCUGUUUGAUUGCUCUCUACUGUAUUUUGGUAUGAAAAAGACAUGAGGAUAAAAACUUUGGGGAUGAAGUACCAAUGAAAUACACAGUGGCCUUGGAAACGUCCACUAAAUCAGUUCACUGUUGUGCCUAUACAGUAGUUUUUAUAUAAAUAUUUGAUGUGUGACUGCCUACAGAGCACAGUUCAAAAUUUCUCACUCUAAAAACUCAGAAAGUGCCCCUAACCCUAAGAGGAUUGUGCCUUUUUUUUUAUUGUACUCAUAAAAAGAGCUGAGUUGUACACAAGCGCCUGUAAAUAGAGUAUUUUUAUGUAAUUUUCUGCCAGUGAGAAAGAGCAAGGUGAUGAUGUUAACAGAUGGCUUUGGUCCGGAGGAAUGUCAGAGAGGUGACAGCAACGUCAGCUGCCUCGGCAGGUCUAGAGUUACUAACUUAGAUAGAUGACCUCAGGAUUCUUCAAAGCAUCUUGGUGAUUUUCCACUAGUGAGUGUGGCUGUGAGGGAGCUGAAUGUCCACAUAGACGCUGCUUAUGGCAGAUGGGUCUACAGAGAUAAGACAAAUGAAGGGUUUUAAGCCCAAAUGCAACAUAUUGACUCAAGGGUGUAUUGAAAGCCAGAGGGGGCAUAUCACAAGUAUAUUUUGUGUUGUGUUCUCUUUUUGGCUCUUGAUGUGACCCUGACUUUCUUGUUACCAUGUGAUUGCACAGCAAUCAAGGGAAAAGGCUCUUACUGUUUAAAAGCACGUCUUUAUUUUUGUCCCCUCUGGCUUACCAUACAUGGAGGAUAACGCUCAGUAUGCUUAAAAGAAAAGUCAAUUGAUCACGUGUUUUCAAGGAGCUUUAACUUUAAUUAAAACAUAGUCACAUUAUUUAAAUGCCUCAUUUUGAAACCCAAUGUAAAAUACUGGUUUAUUACAUUUUAGGUCUUAUUUCUGUGGUUUUUCCUAAAUGUUUCCAUCAGUUAUAAUAAGAUUGGGCUUGAGGCAAGAAAUAUGACCAGUCAGACGAUUAGACAGGCCAAAAACAGCCCAACUGAUUAGCCAGAUUAUCUCAGACACUUAAUUUGGAGGUAAAACUGAAGUUGAGCCACCAUAACAGUUUCCAAUAAUCCCUAAUUGCACAGGGAUUAUGUGCACACAACUGCUGUAAGUAUACCUUAGGUCUAAUAUGAACCCUUUUCAAAAAAGGGACUUGUGAGGUCUGCUUACACAAAGAUUGCAAAUCUCGACAGCUUCAUGAUUCACAAGUGAUAAUAGCGUCUUUAUAUCUUUCUCACUUCUGAUUGGUUGUUUUCGUUCAGGCCCGGUGGUUUCUUGCUGUCUCAUAUACUACAGUCAGGAUAUAGUGAAGGUUUAAGCAAAUAUGACAAAACAUUUUUUUUUAAAAAAUGACCUACUGCAGCUUUAAGAGUUAAAUAACAACAGCAAAACAGGAAGUAAACACUUUGAACUUCACCAGGAGAUGUGGUAUGUUGUAUCCUUCUUAUAGUCACAUUCAACUCAACUAAUGAAAACAUCUUUAAAGUAACUAGCUAAAUUUAAUGGUUCAUUAUUGUGUAAUUACCAAAACACUAAGUGUCUGACUGCUCAUGAUUAAUGCCCUGUGGGACUGUACGAUAUAGUUAUUACUCAUAGGAGUGAUGGCAAAACUACUAAAAUAACAGCCAGGUUGUAAUAAAGCAGAAUUAUCCUUAAAAUACACUGAAAUUAGUUUUUUCUGAAGCCAAUACCCAAAACAUUUCUAAUUCUAUUGGGAUUUAAGUUUUUCAGGACUACUACUUUGACAGCUGCAUCAAGUGAUUCUCCUUGAAAAGAAAGAUCACAAAAAUGCUUCAACCCAAUCAGUCAAAUAUUGGUAAUAAGAAUAAUACUGGACUUUUUAAAGCCGAUAUGUCACCUCUGAAGCAAACACUGUAAAUAGUUGUUUUUUUCUCACUGUUGCUGAUGCUGGAGGGGGGGAGUCAUGUGACAAACCCUCCCAGCAGAACCUGAGCACAUUUUUUUGUUUAUUUUAUUUUGGAUUCUGUUCAAUUUAAUAAUUUACUUCCCUUUAAACCAAUUAAGAAGUUAAUAUAUAUGUACUUAUACACAAAUGAAUCCAUCACCUUGGGCACUCCCAUCCAACUUUUUUUUUUUUUUUGUGUUUGUGUGUCUACAAUCUCACUUUUAUUAUAGCUGUUGCCAUUUUCACCAAAGUACGUUACCAGUAUUUUAUGUAUUUAUGGUUUGUUUGCUGCUGAAGGCAAACAACAGGGGUCUGACACACUGGAAGCUGUAAAUUGUCGAUCGUCUCGGCGGUCUUGUUGUUCUUUUGUUCAGAUUUGCAAAUAAAGGAAGGUUUUCCACUUUG